GACGCGCGGCCGCGCGGCACGCGGCGCCAGGGGGGCAGCGGGGAGCAAGGGCCGCGCCAUGGCGGCGGCGGCGGGCGGGCGGCGGGAGCUGCUGGCCCUCAUCCACCAGCACCUGCUGCGCGCCGGGUACGCCAGGGCGGCACGGGAGCUGCAGGCGCAGCUCGGGCAGAAGCUGCUGCCUUCCCUGGCCACCUCGCUGGAGGAGAUCUUCACCCACUGGGAGAAAACUCCCUCGAAUUCCAGGAGAAGGAAGGUGAGCGAUGACGAGGCAGCCAUUCCAGAAAAGAUCAGAGUUCCUGAUCCCGUGAGCAGCUCUGAGAGCUCAGAGAAGGAAGAAGACGAGAAAGAGAAGACAAAACCCGUAAACGCAGCCAGCCGUUCCCUGGCCACGAACUCAGCAGUGAGUGCAGAAAGCAGUGAAGAUGACGACUCCUCGUCAGAAGAAGAAAUGCCAGCUGGAAAAGGUGCAAUUAAGGUGACACCAGCUGUGGAGAGCAGCAAAGCUGCCAACUCGCUGCAUUCUCCUCGUAAACCCAGCGCUCCAGCAGGCAAAGCGGCGCUGCCCUCUGCUGCAAACAGAACUGUGCUCUUGAGUAAGCAGCAGCCCAGUGCACCGGCUGCGUCUCCGGCCAAGGCUGGGCAGAAACAGCCCGGUCCUGGGAAACCUGGACAAGCUGCAACAGCCGUGAGCAAAGGAGGGCAAAGCAAAACGCCGGUAACAACCAAAGCAGCUGAAAGCUCCAGCAGCAGCGGCAGCAGCAGCGGCAGCAGCAGCAGCUCCUCGUCAGACAGCGAGGAGGAAAAGGAGCCUCCUGCUGUGAAGACCGCAGCCCCCAAAGUGGAACUGAAGCAGGCAGCUGGGGCUGCUGAAAGUAGCAGUGAGGAAUCAAGCGAUGAGACAUCUGAGGAGGAGGAGCUUGCGACUCCAGCAGUCCAGGCAAAACCAGCUGUUAAAGCAGCGCAGGUUAAUUCCACACCUGUGAAAAGCGUUAAUGCAACACCUGUGAAAAGUGCACCUGCUACUGCAGUGCCCGCCAAGAAGAGCGCAGCGAGGCCAGCAGCAGUGCCACCGAACCAGGCCAAGCCCGGGUCAGCAACGGUUCCUGGGGCUGCAAAGGCUGACGACACCUCGGAGAGCAGCGACUCCUCAGACAGCGAAGAUGAGGAACCUCCGUCAGGAACCCAAACGAAGCCACCUCCAAAACCCUCCCAGGCCAUCCCACCCCCAGUGAAAACCACACCAGCAGCAUCGCUCGCCAGCAAAGCAGCUCCAGCAAAACCCCUUCCGCUGUCCCAAGGGAAGCCAGCACCGAAACCAGCAGUGCCAAAGCAGGCUAAAACCGUGCCGGGAAGGACUGCUGCUCCCGCAAAGCCUGCUGGAAGCACAAAGCCGGAGGAGAGCACUGACUCCUCGAGCAGUGAAGAGGAGGAUCUGCCUGUGCCUGUCAGCCAGAAGAGGUUAACAGAACAGCCCGGGCCUGUUCCCAGCCUGAGCCAGGCUAAAGCUGGCGUGCUUGAGAAGGCCGCGGGAAGCACUUUGAAAAGCCCGACCUCAGAAAGCGGGAGCAGCGACUCGUCUGACAGCGAAGAGGAGUCCCCGGUGGCACAGCCGCAGCCUCCGCAGGCUGGUGAGUCUCCUGGUAGCGGCCGGGAUCCCUCACUUCCAUCUUUGUGCUUUGUGGAACUGCCCAGGCUGUUAGUGAGAGUUCCUCUUCUGGACAGCCAAGGAGAGCAACCGCUUCUUGCGGUGAUGAUCCCUUGCGCUUUCCCUGCAGCGAAAACCAAUGCCGUGCCCCAGCCAACAAGCGGGAAGAAGGCGCCGGCUCCCGCGCCAGCCCCGGUGCCAGCCCCAGCCCCUCCUCCUGCGGACAGCAGCGACGAUUCCAGCGAGGAGUCGGAUUCAGAUGAGGAAGUAGUUCCCCCCACACAGAGCCUGUCCCAGCAGAACAUCAGGCCAACCGCGGCUUCCAACACAGUGGCUGCCAGGGCUGUUGCCCCGUCACCUUCUGGGAAGGGGAUAAAAACGCCUGCUGUCCCUCCGGUGUGCAGAGUGCCUGAGAGCUCGGAGAGCAAGGCAGUGGUGGGAGAGGCCCUUCCUCCUCCUUGCCUAAAGCAGACAGCUUCUCCAGGGAAAGCUCCUCCAGCCAACGCUGCUGCCCCGCAGCCUGCUUCGGCGCUGAGGAGCCCCACGGACAAGUCGAAGAAGCCAGGCCCGCAGCCAGCACAGGACACCAGGCUGAGCCAGGCUGCGCCCCCCACCCAGGCAGAGGAGACCUCGGACAGCAGCAGUUCCUCCGACAGCGAGGAGGAGACGCCCAAGCAGCCCCCUAAACCUGCAGGCGUGCUGCAGAAACCGGGAGGGACUGAGCCAGGCCGCAGCUCCUCCUCGGACUCCAGCGAGGAAGAGGAGGCAGUGUCACAGUCCCUCCUCACAGGCUAUCCGGGCCUCUCCAAUGCCCCGGCAGCACCUCAGGCACCAAAGACAGUUCCCCCCCAGCCUGUAAGCAAAGCAGGGCAAGGAAAAGCAGCCGUGCCUGCCGCUAGCUCCCUCGCCAAGGUCCCUGUGAGAGCAGCCCCAGCUGACAGCUCCAGCAGCGACAGCAGCGACUCCGAAACAGACGUCGAGCAGGUGUCUGCAAACCACAGAGCAGAAACCAACCCCCCUCCAGGACAGGAAGCCGCAGGAGCCUCCAACAAAGAGAAGGUGGCAGGAAAAAUGGAUCCAGGUUAUACCAACCUCAAGCCUUCCCCGGUCAAGAAAGCCCUGGCUGUGAAAGAGAAUGAUGUUGGGGCAAAAGGGACGCAUGUGACCCCCGUGCUAGGAACGCUGCUCUCGGUCCCACAGUCAGAGGGUUUGAGCUCGGGGAGCAAAAGUGACAUCAUAGCUGCCAAAAUUCCAGCAGUACAAACGUUGGGAGGGUCGGAAGAGAAAAAGAAGAAGAAAAAGGAGAAAAAGGAGAAAAAAGAGAAGAAGGAAAAGAAGAAACCUUCCUCUGCAGCAGGCAAGGCUGUGAAAGCAUCGAAGAGCAAAGACAAAGAGAACAAGAAGCAGAAAGCAUCUCAGAAGCGGAAACUGCCAGGAGAGGACGGGGCCGUUGGGCAGCCUAAGGAAAAGAAGCGGAAAGGGCAAGCUAACGAAGAAGUACCCAAAAAGAAGAAGAAGAAAGCUGAUGACCUGGAGAAGCAGACAGGCAGCAAGGAAAAGAAAAAAACAACUAAAAAAAAAAAGAGUGGGAAAGAAAAGAAGAGCAAAAAGGGGUCUGCAGAAGGGGAGCUGGCAGCAGACGGCUCUGCGGAAGUUCAGAAGAAGAAGAAGAAGAAGAAGAAGAAAACGGCUGAGCCUGAAGGGAUGUUGUGAGAAGGUACCGCAUCCCUGUGAUUAAGGAUUUAUGGGUGAAGAUCAAACAGAAGAGAGGAAAGGAAGCUCAUCAGGAGAAUUCCAACUUUUUUUUUUUUUUAACACAAUAAUUUAUAACUUCUUUUAACUGUGACUUUUAGAGCAGGGCAGUAUAACUUUCUGCCUCCUCCUGUCCUGCUGGGGCCCAGAGCUGUGUUUAUUGCCCUCCCCAGCAGCUCGCCUGCUGCACUAGAACUGAACCGAGGGAGGCGGUUUGACCAGAGAAGAUCCAGCUCGCAUAGACUGCUUUCCUCCUGGUUGACACCCAGCCAUCUUUCUCUUCACAGAGCUAUAUUUUUAAGAGAAGCUUUUACUCUCUCUCUUCCCCUUCUGUGACUCGUGGUGUCAGUCCUUUUGCUACCGAUGGAAGAGCGCUGUUUCGGUUUAGUUUUUAUUCUAACCUUGAUGGGAAUGGUUAUCGUGUCCCGGGAGUUGCACUGAACAGCUGUUUCCAGCAGCUGUUCUCAGCCAAGGCUGCAUUUUUUUUUUUUUUAUGGAAUACGAAAUAAAAGGAACGGUGAGA